AUGAAAGUUUUAUAUACUUGUAUUUUAUUAAUCAUUAGUUUAUUUUCAGUAUCAAGUUUCAAAAUUGAUAUUGAUUCAUCAAAUAACUGUCAAGAUGGUACAAUUCAAAUUGCAGAAUCAAUCCCACUUGGUCUUAAUUUACAAACCAAUCUUACAACUCAUGAUGCAUGGAUGCAAUUAAUUACAAAUGCAAAGAAAUCAAUCGACAUGGGUAUUUUUUAUAUGACAUUAACUGACGGUGGUCAAUUAAACCCAGUUUACGGUGGACAAUUAGGUAUGGAUAUUUUCAAAGCUUUAGCAGAAGCAAACUCAAGAGGUGUACAAAUUAGAAUUGUUCAAAACCAACCAUCAAAGAGUAUGCCAGAUAAUGAUACUCAAGCAUUAGCUCAAAUGGGUGUUCAAGUCAGAUCCAUCAAUUGGCCAAAUCUCGUUGGUGCUGGUAUUCUUCACACCAAAGUUAUUGUAGUCGAUCAAUCAAGUGCCUAUUUAGGUAGUGCCAAUUUAGACUGGCGUUCAUUAGCCCAAGUUAAAGAAUUAGGUGUUUUCUUACAAAACUGCCCAUCAAUGGUUUAUGAUACCGAAACUGCCUUUGAACAAUAUUGGGAAGCUGCUGCAAUGUCCCAAUUACCAAACAACUGGGGUUCAUCAUUCACUGCCCUUUUCAAUCAAACCAACAUGGCCAGCUUAUUAUUAAACAACCAACAAUACCAAAUGUUUUUAGCUGUCUCACCACCACAAUUUGUUUCAGAUGAUCGUACUGGUGAUAUCGAUGCCUUAGUCGCCGCUAUGAAUGCUGCCAAUAGUAGCAUCUGUAUCUCUGUUAUGGACUACACCCCAGCUUCACUCUAUAACCGUCCAAAUACUUUCUGGCCAGUUAUGGACAAUGCUAUUCGUGCAGCCGCCUUCAAUCGUAAUGUUAAAGUUAGAAUGUUAAUUAGUCACUGGAAUCAAACCAACAGCCGUAUUCCACAAUGGUUACACUCAUUAGAUCAAGUUUCAAACAUUGAUGUUAGAUGGUUUGUCGUACCAGACUUUAGCGUUAACCCACAAGUCCCAUACACCCGUGUUAACCAUGCCAAAUACAUGGUCACCGAAAAUCAAUCAUACAUCGGUACUUCAAAUUGGUCCGAAGAUUACUAUACCAAUACCGGUGGUUUAAGUUAUAAUAUUUUCAAUACCCAAUUCACUUCACAACUUCAAUCAAUUUUCGAUAGAGAUUGGAACUCACCAUACACAUUCCCAAUCACACAAUGGUAA